UAUAUCCAUAUUUUCACUCUGUAUGUCGUGUGAGUGCACAAAAAAUCCGCGAACACUAUCAUCCUCGCCCCGUUGCUACUCUCUUCCAAUUCCAGGCUCCAACGUUCGAGCCUACCACCGCCAGAAUUGUUUCUUGAAAUUCCUCAGCCAACAAUUCUCAAUAGUUCUCUCUCAUGGCGACCGUCUGCUAUUUUCCGAGUUGUGUUUCUGCUUCUUCUCACAACCUCUCCUUAACGCACCAUCAACAGCUUCUGCAGCCAAUAAGAGAUCCGCAUCCGCUUCCCAAGCAUUUCCAAAUACGCGCUUCCGCAAAUACGACGUCCAGGAGAAGUAGAAAGCUAAAAAGCGACGCGGAUCUAUGCAAUGACAUCCGCGAAUUCGUUGCCGCAGCUGGACUUCCGGAGGAUCACGUUCCGUCAACCAAGGAGCUUCUGCAACACGGAAGGAAUGACCUAGCUAACAUUGUCAGACGGAGAGGACAUAAACUGCUUCGAAAGCUUCUGACAAGCUCAUUAGAUUCUGACAUUGAUGUAUUUCAUGCAGAUAAAAACUUAGACGGCAAUUUGGAUGGAUCAGAUGAUUGCAAAGAUGUUUUAACAGGGCAGAAUUUGAGAGAGGGCACUACGCCUGAUGACAUCACAGCAUCAACUGAAGUUUCUUCGGGGAACAAUUCUUCCUGUUUAAAUACUGACUUAGCUCCAAAUGCAAGUGACUACACUUGCAUCUCUAGCGAAUCCUCAACUAAUUCAUCAUCCAUGGCAGAAAUUGACCUAAAUGAGCUCCAACAUCAUGCUAAUGAGGUAAAGUAUGUGGCUGAGGGACAUUGCUCCUCAACUGAAGCAUCUAUUGUGGAUGAUGGUUGCAGUAGUUCAAGAGAAGGUCCUGAUCCCACCUUUGAGAAUGAAAGUUCAAUAGCUGCAGAAACUUCUGGGGAAUCAUAUAUUGAGGAAAAGCCCUCUCAAAAUUUGGGGUAUGGUGAUAUGAUGAGCAAAAUGACUGGAGAUACAUUGUCAUCCACAAUUCGCUUAACAGAAAGCCAGUCCAGCACUUCUUUUGCUGAUUCAGAUCUUGCCACUCAGUACUGGUGUAAAUUGGGAUUUCCAGAUGAUAGCAAUAAUGAUGUUGCUGAAAAUGUACCCUCAAGCACAGAUAUAGAAUAUAUAUCUGGAGGCAUAGAAAUUGAUUAUUUAACUCAUUCUGCUGAUAAUAGUUGCAUAAACGUCAACUGUACAUCCAAUUUGUCUUUGGAGGAGAAGGUUGCAAAAUUUAUUCAAAGUGGAGAUUUAGAUCCUGUUGAAGAUCAUGCCUUUGGGAUAUUAAAUGGAAAUGACGGGGAGGACAGCGAAGAGGAUAUUGAAUCAGGAUCUGCUGGGGAGAUGAAGAAGCACUUUAAACAUGCAUGUAAAGAAAAUACUGCUAUGUCAUUUUAUGGAAGCUCAUCAACAUCCAAGCAAGUUGUUCCGUCUGCAACAGCCAAUCACCUAGUUUGUGAGGAUCAUUGGCAAGAUGAGGAUCAAACUGCUCAUUUUGAUGAAGUUUUUGAUGUUGAGGCUACUAAAAGGCAAAAUGAAAGUGAGAUAAAUAAUCUCAAAUUCAUGCUGUAUCAGAAGGAGUUAGAAUUGUCUCAGCUGAAGGAACAGAUUGAGAAGGAAAAGCUAGCUUUGUAUGCCUUACAAACCAAGGCAGAGGAAGAAAUCAACAAAGCCAGAAAACUUAUCUCUGAAAAGGAUGCAGAGUUACAUGUUGCUGAAGAAAGUCUUUCAGGAUUAAAGGAGGUUGGGAUUGAGUUCUUUGGUGAUGGUGACAAUGUGGAGGUGGCUGGCAGCUUCAAUGGUUGGCAUCACAGAAUCAAAAUGGAUCCUCAACCAUCAACAAGUGUCAUGGACUCGACUGCAUCAAGGAGAUCUAGACUUUGGUCAACAGUGCUGUGGCUUUAUCCUGGUGUGUAUGAGAUAAAAUUUAUUGUUGAUGGCUACUGGAGAAUAGAUUCUCAAAGGGAGUCAGUUACAAGAGGUCAUAUAUGCAACAAUAUACUGAGAGUAGAUAGAUAACAUCUGGCUGUGGUCUCAAAUCUGCUCGCAGGAUAGAAGAGGCUGCAGAAGAGUACAAUGGUUGAUUGCUGGGAAUUUCUACUCAAUGCCAUUCAAUGAACGAGUCAUGUUGGACAAAAUUGUGGACGGUAUUGGAGCAUGGAAUGCAAGAGCGAGCGUAAUCUAGACGAGGAUGCCUUCUGGUACUAUUCUGUUUGUUGUGCAAAAAAUUUACGCAAAUGAGAUUCAGAGAUCGUUGAAGACUGUACAGGUAGCUAGAAAAUAGGGUGAAAAUGAGUUCCUUUGUUUUUGUUUUUUCAUUUUCAGUAUUAAUUAUUAUUUAUCCGUUUCUUUUUGGCGAUUUUAAAAGUCACAACAACCAUAUCAAAAAUAAAGUUCAUAAUGCUGUGCUAUGCAAAUUUUUUUUUGUGGGGGCCACUGCUGUGCCAUGUAAAUUUAUGGAGGUGGUAUUCUUUCCCAAAAUAGUUUCGAGGGGCACUACUCUUGGAAUUACUUAAUUUUAUAUUUUUAAGGUGCUUGUAAUUAAAUUUAAGCAUAUGUAUUUUUAUAGAUUAUUUAUUCUAUAGCAAUUUAUUGUUGUUAAUA